ACAUGGCAGGAGUGGCACCAGAGGGAUCUCAAUUUGAUGCUCGUCAAUAUGAUGCUAAGAUGAAUGACCUGUUGUCGACAGAUGGUCAGGACUUUUUUACAUCAUAUGACGAGGUCUAUGAUAGUUUCGAUGCCAUGGGGCUUCAAGAAAAUCUUCUGAGGGGCAUUUAUGCUUAUGGUUUUGAAAAGCCUUCUGCAAUUCAGCAGAGAGGAAUUGUUCCCUUCUGCAAGGGACUGGAUGUGAUUCAGCAGGCACAAUCAGGGACAGGAAAAACAGCAACUUUCUGUUCAGGAAUUUUGCAGCAGCUUAAUUACGAGCUGGUUGAGUGCCAAGCCUUGGUUCUUGCCCCAACUCGAGAAUUAGCACAGCAAAUUGAGAAGGUCAUGCGAGCACUUGGUGAUUACCUGGGUGUAAAAGUUCAUGCCUGUGUAGGAGGAACCAGUGUGCGUGAGGAUCAACGGAUUCUUUCAAGUGGAGUCCAUGUUGUUGUUGGUACUCCAGGUCGUGUAUUCGACAUGUUAAGAAGGCAGUCUCUUCGGCCUGAUUAUAUUAGGAUGUUUGUUUUGGAUGAGGCAGAUGAAAUGCUUUCACGUGGUUUCAAGGAUCAGAUCUAUGACAUCUUCCAGCUUCUUCCUUCGAAAAUCCAGGUUGGGGUUUUCUCUGCCACAAUGCCUCCUGAGGCCCUCGAGAUAACCCGCAAAUUCAUGAAUAAACCUGUGAGGAUCCUUGUGAAGCGAGAUGAGCUCACCCUUGAGGGUAUUAAACAAUUUUAUGUCAAUAUUGAGAGAGAAGAGUGGAAGCUCGAGACUCUCUGUGAUCUUUAUGAGACUCUUGCAAUCACUCAGAGUGUCAUCUUUGUGAACACCCGGCGCAAGGUUGACUGGCUCACGGACAAGAUGAGGAGCAGGGAUCACACGGUCUCAGCCACACAUGGAGACAUGGAUCAGAAUACCAGGGACAUUAUAAUGCGUGAAUUCCGAUCUGGCUCCUCCCGUGUUUUGAUCACCACUGAUCUCCUUGCCCGUGGUAUCGAUGUCCAGCAAGUCUCACUGGUCAUAAAUUAUGACCUGCCAACCCAACCAGAGAACUAUCUCCACCGAAUUGGACGAAGUGGACGUUUUGGAAGGAAGGGUGUUGCGAUCAACUUUGUCACUCGUGAUGAUGAAAGGAUGUUGUUUGAUAUCCAGAGGUUUUACAACGUGGUGAUUGAGGAGCUGCCAUCUAAUGUUGCAGACCUUCUCUAGAGGAGUCUCCAUCGGAGCAUGGUAAUUAAUAUCAGUGCCUUUCUAGGUGUUCUUUUUCAAGAAUUAUUCUUUUAAAACUUUGAACAUUUUGAGUGCUAUGUAUUGGGACCAUUUGAAUUGAUGGUGAUCUAGAGCAAAUUGUUGUCUAUGCCAUCUUUUUGGAAAUUUUGUAGCAGCUAGGUUGUGCUUUAUUUGUCUUGGUAAACCUUAAAAGAGGGAAACGUUAUGGAUAAUAUUUAUCAGACAUUGAUUGUUCUCAAUUUAUUUUGAUGAGGCACUUCACA